GAUAUUGGUUAUUUAAAUAGUGCCGAAUUGUAUGAUCCAUCAACAAGUACUUGGACAACUACUAGUAACAUGAAUAAUGCACGAGGUGGUCACACAGCAUCUAUAUUAUCAAAUGGAAAAGUAUUAGUUGCUGGUGGAGUUGACAAUACUACUUUUUUAAAUAGUGCAGAGUUAUAUUAA